AUGGCUUCUGUGGCCGAAGACCAGCCACCCAUUGAGGACGGGGAAUUGUUAGACCCGAUAAAUCUAACUCCGCGGGUAUCGCGAGGAAAUCAUCCGGUGUCAGAAGCACCGAGGAAAAAUUCCUCUGACAACUGCACGGCAGUUCAGAGCAAAAAGAGGAAACGCGAAGGGCGCUCCUCAAAGUUGGCCUCAAAAAAAUCAAAGGCCUCAAAAAAACGCCGCUAUAAGUCACGAACAUACGAUUCUUCGAGCAGCUCAUCUAGCUCGUCUUCGAGCUCUGCUUCAAGCAGUGAAUCAAGCACUUCGGGGGACGAAGAGUCGAGCAUGCUGGAACCUAACAACUCGGAGAUGUCGGUUGCCGGGCCGAUCAUUGAGUUUGCAGCAGCAGCUGUGUUCCAGGGUCUAUCAAAAACUGCCAGAAAAGCGAUGGCAGGAGAAACCCCAGUGCCUUUCCACCCGGACUUGCGCCCAAAAAAGGUUGACACUUUCGUCAAAAAAUUUUUGAAGCGAAAAGGCGCGAACUUUAAUACCGCCAUGGAUCGCCGCCAGUUGAACAUGGCUGGCCGAAUGCUUGACCCAAUUGGCCCUCUUUCCCAGCUUUGGCAAACUGCCAUUUUAGCUUGA